UUGCGACUGAGUGCCCGCUGACGUCACCAAACUUCUCCGGCAGCUGUGGCGAGAUGAGGGGGAAGAAUGAGAGUGGCUGAUGGUGAGCCUUGGUGGCGGAGCGCACGGGACCGUGGUUUUUAACGGGACGGCUGGACUUCAUCUUCUCUCGGGAAGAUGCAGCACUCAUGAGAGUUCAUCAACCAUUAGAUGAGUGAAGCCCAACAAAGAAACCUGGUCUUCAACAAUCCACAGUAUCGGUGGAAUAUUGGCAGAUAUUCAGGAGGGUACCGCAAAGACACAAGUUUUCCACUAUGAACCGCGCCUUCAACAGGAAAAAAGAUAAAUCAUGGAUGCAUACCCCAGAGGCACUGGCCAAGCAUUACAUAGCCUACAAUGCCAAGUUCCUUGGAAACACAGAGGUUGAGGCUCCGAAAGGCACAGAAGUUGUAAAGGAUGCAGUCAGAAAGCUAAAGUUUCAAAGGCAUAUCAAGAAGUCAGAGGGGCAGAAGAUCCCUAAGGUGGAGUUGCAAAUCUCCAUUUAUGGAGUGAAGAUACUAGAUCCCAAGACAAAAGAUGUGCAGUAUAACUGCCAGUUACAUAGGAUAUCCUUCUGUGCAGAUGACAAAACUGAUAAAAGGAUAUUUACCUUCAUCUGUAAAGAUUCAGAGUCCAACAAACACCUCUGCUAUGUGUUUGACAGUGAGAAAUGUGCAGAAGAGAUAACCCUAACAAUUGGCCAAGCCUUUGACCUGGCAUAUAAGAAGUUCCUGGAGUCUGGUGGUAAAGACGUGGAAACGAGGAAACAGAUAGGAAGCCUACAGAAAAGGAUUCAAGAACUGGAAACGGAAAACUCAGAGCUAAAGAAACAGCUCCAAGAUCUUGAAGAGCAGCUGAUGAUAGCUCAUGUGCCACCAGCAGGAAGUAUCUCCAUGAAACCCCAGUCAACAGACAUUUUUGACAUGGUCCCCUUCUCCCCUGUGACCCCCCUGGUGCCCAUUCCAGCCAGCAACGGCUGCCCACCUCCACCACCAACGACAUUGCCACCAGAUAUAAGGAAAGACCUAUUUGGUGCUGAGCCAUUUGAUCCCUUCACUUGUGGAGCAGCUGAUUUCCCUCCAGAUAUUCAGUCAAAACUGGAUGAGAUGCAGCGUCAGAGAUGGAGGGGUUCAAAAUGGGACUAACCUUAGAGGGCACUGUCUUCUCUCUUGAUCCUCUAGACAGUCGCUGCUGAUGCCAAGAAGAUGCUCUUCGUUCUGUACUUUUAACUCAUUUGUAUGAGAAAGUGCCAAAAUCCGCUCCACAGUUAAGGCAAGAUGUCAAUGUUUUCAUCUUGAGGUUUAUAUGUAUUUGCAUUUAGAUUUGGUUUUCGAUAUGACAAGGUAAAUUCAGAUCUGUUUUAGAAAAUAACUAUUUUUGUAAAAACACAUAUGGAAGGAGUAGUUUUGAGAACCUUUGCUUGCACAGGCAAUGAAGGAUGUAUAUAGUACAAUAUGUCCAAUGGUACACUCUGUGGCAGAAUUUUCAUAUGAUACAGUUUCUGUGUAGACUCUCCCAUUGAAUAUGCACCAUUUUAAUUCUGCACAUUCCUGGUUGUAUGCCAAACUCGACCUGUUCAGACAUAAAAUGGAAUCUAUCUGAUUAACACGACAAACCUCCAGCGUACCCAUGAUUUUACAUAGCUUCUUUUACCUAACAUUGUUUUUACACAUUAUGUAGCUGAUUGUAAUUAAUCCAUUCCAAUUGUUUUGAUUUACUGAUUUAUUCAUCUGUUGUUUUGGCAUUGAAUUGUGUAAUUUUCUUGCAUCUUAACAGGUUAAUUGCCGUUUCAGUAUUUACUUGUAUUGUCAUUUCUUUACUUUUUUUUUUUUUUUAUUUUUAUUUUUUUAUUAUGUUAGUAUUCUCUCGUCUUGCACCAGAAAGCACUUUUUUUGGAAACCUCUGUUCAUAUACAGUACUAUCCUCAUUAUUUUACUUUGUAUGCAAAAUGACUUUGCUGUUACAGUUAUUAAAGAAAAUGUUACUGCAGAAAAAAUCAGUCAUUGAUUCUGUACCUUUAAAAAUGUUUAUUGGAACUGACUUUCUGAAGCUGUUAUGUUUCAGGCUCCUGUUUUGAAAUGCAUUUUCUCUCCAAAGAAUU